GGUGACCAUUUGUUUUAGGCAUGUUAAGGUUAAGGGUAACAAAGAGUAUUUAAACAUUUCGUUUUAUAACUUGAGUUGAGGUAGCUGGCAACAUUAAAAUCCGCUGUCUAUCAAUUAGCCUUUUUGUAAAAAAUUGACUAAGAGGAAUCGUGUGCUAUGGCUGGAAAUAAUACUGAAGAAGUAGAAGGGUCUACCGUAACUGAGACCAAGACUAACAGCAAUGCCGAAGUUCCACCGGAGUUUUUAAUCAAACAUCCACUUCAAAACACAUGGAGCCUCUGGUUUUAUGACAAUGACAGAAAUAAAACUUGGGAAGAGAAUCUUAUUGAGUUGACUACAUUCGAUACUGUGGAAGAUUUCUGGAGACUAUACCAUCACAUUAAACUUCCAUCAGAGCUGCGUCAAGGCCAUGACUAUGCUGUUUUCAAACAAGGAAUUCGUCCUAUGUGGGAAGACGAUGCCAAUAAAAUGGGAGGAAGAUGGCUUAUCAGCCUUGAAAAGAAGCAACGAAAUUCUGAUCUCGAUCGAUUCUGGCUGGAUGUGGUAUUGCUUUUGAUAGGUGAAAAUUUUGAGCAUUCUGAUGAAAUAUGUGGAGCUGUUGUAAAUGUGAGAGCAAAGAUUGAUAAAAUUGGUAUUUGGACAGCGGAUACCUCAAAACAGCAUGCUAACUUGGAAAUUGGUAGGAAACUGAAGGAGCAGCUAGGAAUUCAUGGAAAAAUUGGCUUCCAAGUACACAGGGACACCAUGGUUAAGCAUAGUUCGGCCACUAAAAAUCUAUACACUGUUUAGUCAUUUGACAUUGUCCUUGUUGUGUAACAAAGUGGUGUGAUAACAAUAUUAGUGUAAAUUAAGAGAGCAGGCUCAUGAAAUACAUCCUCUACACCUAUGCGGAUAUGAGACAGUCUGCUGUCUUUGUAAAGUUAUCUCAUAACAACUGUUACUUUAAAAUUGAAGAUUUUUAUUUAACAGAAGUAGGUAUUUUUUAGGUUGACUUUUCUAUAGUUUGUUUCGUAAUGAUGUUUCUUGCUGAUAUGUCACUGUUGUAAUGUUGUUACGAACAUUAAUUUAAGUCUGAUUUUUGUACUAAAGCUAUGCUUGAGUGUGUCAAUGUAGACACUAUAGAUUAAGGUUGUCAAGCUGUUUGCGGCGUUUUUGGUGAAUAUUUGUGUUUCGUUUGUCAAUGGAAAUACAAACGAUCAUCAGAGCCUUAUUUUUAUUAAAUAAAAAUCUAAGUGUAUCAAUAUCACACAUUAUUAUAACCAUGAAAUAGUUUUUAAUUUUUUAUUAACAUUGAUGCAUCUUGUAUUACGUUCACGCUUUUCCUUUCCCAUUGGGCUUAGUAUCAUAUUGUCAAUAUUUUUUUUUUAAGAUUCACACAUAAGUAUUGUUUGUAUUUGUGUCAGAUAGUAAAAAACUACAUAAUUAUAUAUUUUGGU